CUGUAACACGAGCAACUUCUAAGUCACCCCCAUGCCACUACCUCUGAAAUCUGACGCUCUGCACAGCUACAAGGUUUAUCCAAGGACAAGUUACAGGAACGUACCACGCUGUCUCCCAAACGUAAGCUCUCUGCCAAUUCACCCAAGGAACAUCAAUGCCCCUUAAGGAAUAUAUCCAAACUGAUAGAGACCCUGAAGGAACUGUAGACAAGGACAGAAAGAAAAAAGACAAGGUGAUAAAAUGCAAAGCAGCAGUGAUAUGGGAGAAAAGUGCACCCUUCUCUAUUGAGGAAGUUGAAGUGGCCCCCCCAAAGGCCAAUGAAGUCCGUAUAAAGAUUGUCGCUACUGGUAUUUGCCGGUCCGAUGAUCAUGCAAUUGAGGGGAAACUGAGUACAGUAAAAUUCCCAGUUAUACUUGGCCAUGAAGGUGUUGGUAUUGUGGAGAGCACUGGAGAAAGUGUUAAGCACAUUAAGCCAGGAGAUAGAGUCAUCCCACUUUUUGUACCUCAAUGUGGACAAUGUAUAUGUUGCAAAGACCCAAGGAGUAAUAUGUGCAUUGCAGGCAAAAUGAAAAAAGCUGUAGGACUCAUGUCGGACGGCACCAGCAGAUUUACCUGCAAAGGGAAGCAAAUCUACCACUUCAUGAACACCAGCACUUUUACUGAAUACACUGUAGCUGAGGAAAUGUCAGUUGCUAAGAUCGACAGUGGUGCAUCCCUAGAUAAUACCUGUCUCAUUGGAUGUGGCUUCUCCACUGGAUAUGGGUCUGCAUUAAAUUCCGCCAAGGUGCACCCAGGGUCUACUUGUGCCAUAUUUGGUUUAGGAGGAAUUGGCCUUGCUGUCAUUAUGGGCUGUAAGAUAGCUGGGGCAGCUCGCAUCAUUGGAGUAGAUAUCAAUCCUGACAAAUUCAACAUAGCAAAGGAACUAGGAGCGACUGAAUGUAUAAACCCCAAGGAUUAUGAUAAACCAGUACCACAAGUGAUUCUGGAGCAGACUGGAGGUGGCGUGGACUAUGCAUUUGAAUGUGUUGGGCACAUUGAGACCAUGCUAGCUGCCCUUAACUCAAGUCAUUUUGCAUAUGGCACAACAGUGAUAGUCGGAGUGUCUGCACCAGAAUCAACCAUCUCCUUUGAUCCAAUGAUCCUGCUGACUGGGCGCACAAUUAAAGGCUCUGUCUUUGGAGGCUGGAAGAGUAAGAAUUCUGUUCCACAACUGGUUUCAGAUUCUUUGGCAAAGAAAUUCGACCUUGAAAAGUUGGUAACCCAUCGAUUACCAUUAAAUAAAAUUAAUGAAGGGUUUGAUCUUUUACGUUCUGGAAAGAGUAUUCGAACAAUCUUGUUGGUUUAAACAAUGGAAAGAUAUUGCAUUUACCACCACAGAAUUAUCUAAGAUGCACUUCUUCGUGUUCAAGUAUCAGGAUACAUUUCUUGAAAAAAUAAAGUCAAAAACAAUUUUAUUUACUGCAGUGCGAAUUUUUAAACAAAAAAUUAUUUUUUCAAAAUAUAAAACAUAAUAAACUGAAUAUAGGGCAAAUUCUCAUAAGUAACAAUGUGUUCUGCAUUUGCAAAAUAAAGGCUUAAUCUGACCAAGUUCUGCUUGUUUGGUAAGGUGGCAAUGACAUUCUUCAACCCAAACAUGGCCUAGGCCAGGGAAUAAUAUUCCCUAUGUGUUCCCUAUAUACCCCUCAGGAACACCUAGAAAUCAAGGACAAUGAGAUCCAUUUUUCAAAUACAAGUUAAAUAAAAACACGGUAUAGAUUACAUCAAGUUUAUUUUUAGCAAUUUUAAAAUAAAGAGCUGAGCUGUACUGUACAGACAUGCACUAUUCUUCUAUCUGGAAGAGAAAUACAGCAUUAUAAUAUUAAGCGUC